AAUGGAUGAUGCAACACGAAGCUUUGCAGAAAAAGUUUUUGCUUCUGAAGUCAAAAAUGAGGGAGGCCGCCAUGAGCUUUCACCAUUUGAUGUGGAUGAGAUCUGCCCAAUUUCUCUACGAGAGAUGCAAGAACACAUAUUCCACCUGGAGACCCUAAACAUCACCACUGAAGGAAAGAGGAAGAAGCGUUUCCAGAGCCGGAAGACAGUUAAUUUGUCCAUUCCACAUAGUGAAACAUCAACCAAACUGUCUAACAUUGAGGAGUACAUUUCUUCAUCUCCAGUCUAUCAAACUGUGCCAGAUUUCCAGAGAGUACAGAUCACAGGAGACUAUGCCUCUGGGGUUACAGUAGAAGAUUUUGAAGAAGUCUGCAGAGGUUUGUACCGGGCACUAUGUAUACGGGAAAAAUACAUGCAGCAGUCAUUUCAGAGGUUCCCCAAGACUCCUUCCAAGUAUCUAAGGAGCAUUGAAGGGACUCAUUGGAAAGCAGAUGAAAGCUUUUAUCCAGUGUUUACUCCUCCCCCGAAGAAAGGAGAAGACCCUUUCCAAAAAGAUGAUCUUCCUGAAAACCUGGGUUAUCAUUUCAAGAUGAAAGAUGGUGUUGUUUAUUGCUAUGCUAAUGAAGCCGCUGCCAACAAAGAGGAGCCUGUACCUCUCCCCUAUCCAAAUCUGGACACUUUCUUAGAUGAUAUGAAUUUUUUACUUGCUUUAAUUGCCCAAGGACCUGUCAAAACCUAUACCCACCGACGCCUGAAGUUCCUGUCAUCCAAGUUUCAGGUCCAUGAAAUGCUCAAUGAGAUGGAUGAAUUAAAGGAACUGAAGAACAACCCCCAUCGGGACUUCUAUAACUGCAGGAAGGUAGAUACUCAUAUCCAUGCAGCUGCCUGUAUGAACCAGAAACAUCUGCUGCGUUUCAUUAAGAAAUCUUACCAGGUGGAUGCUGACCGAAUGGUCUAUAACACCAAGGAGAAAACUCUGACCUUAAAGGAACUUUUCACUAAACUGAACAUGCAUCCCUAUGACCUGACGGUCGAUUCUCUGGAUGUUCAUGCUGGACGUCAGACCUUCCAGCGUUUUGAUAAGUUCAAUGAUAAAUACAAUCCUGUAGGAGCCAGUGAACUAAGGGAUCUUUACCUGAAGACAGACAAUCAUAUUAAUGGAGAAUAUUUUGCUACCAUCAUCAAGGAAGUAGGUGCAGACCUGGAGGACGCCAAGUACCAGCAUGCGGAGCCCCGGCUGUCCAUUUAUGGCCGCAGCCCUGAGGAAUGGACCAAACUCUCGGCCUGGUUCGUCAGCAACCGCAUCAACUGUCCCAACAUGACUUGGGUGAUCCAGGUCCCCAGAAUCUACGAUGUCUUCCGCUCUAAGAAUUUCCUUCCUCACUUCGGUAAGAUGCUGGAAAAUAUCUUCCUGCCGGUGUUUGAGGCUACUGUCAAUCCCCAGGCCCACCCGGAGCUCAGCAUCUUUCUCAAGCGUAUCACCGGCUUUGACAGUGUAGACGAUGAGUCCAAACACAGCGGCCACAUGUUCUCCGCUAAAAGUCCUAAGCCCCAGGACUGGACGAUGCCAAAUAAUCCGUCCUACACGUACUACACCUACUACAUGUAUGCGAACCUCCUGGUGCUCAACAGCCUGCGGAAGGCCCGAGGGAUGAACACAUUUCUGUUUCGUCCUCACUGUGGGGAGGCUGGAGCCCUCACACACCUCAUGACAGCAUUCAUGACAGCGGAUAACAUCUCUCACGGCCUAAACUUGAAAAAGAGUCCUGUACUACAAUAUUUGUUUUUCCUGGCCCAGAUUCCCAUUGCUAUGUCUCCUCUAAGUAACAACAGCCUCUUUCUAGAAUACGCCAAGAAUCCUUUUCUCGAUUUCCUCCAGAAAGGACUGAUGGUUUCACUCUCUACGGAUGACCCCAUGCAGUUCCACUUCACCAAGGAGCCCUUGAUGGAAGAAUAUGCUAUUGCUGCCCAGGUCUUCAAACUGAGCACCUGUGACAUGUGUGAAGUGGCAAGAAAUAGUGUCCUGCAGUGUGGAUUGUCCCACGUGGAGAAAGUUAAGUUUCUCGGAGAUAAUUAUCUUGAGGAAGGCCCUGAUGGAAAUGACAUCCGGAAAACCAAUGUGGCUCAGAUCCGAAUGGCCUAUCGCUUUGAAACCUGGUGUUAUGAACUCAACCUAAUUGCCGAGGGUCUAAAGGCAACAGAUUAAAAUAAAUAUAGCAAGUAUUCGGUUUGGAUCAUUUCUUGUAUGUAGAUUCUGUGUGGUGCUUGCCUAUUCCUUCUCUGGAAAAAUAAGAAACAAGACUUGAAAAGUAAU